AUGCCAAGAAAUAUCACUGGGGAAACUUUGCCUAAGGAGAACAAGUCCUCUCUGCGGAGAAUGGAGCCACCUAUUAAGGGGAAUCAUUCACCAGAGAACGGCCCAACUUCUCUGAGCACUUGCCGUUCCUUUUGUUCCAGCCUGAAGGUGUUCCUCGUGGCCUUGUCUUUUACCUAUUUUGCAAAGGCAUUAUCUGGGAGCUACAUGAAAAGCACAAUAACACAGCUGGAGCGACGCUUCGACAUUCCCAGUUAUUUGAUAGGUGUUAUUGAUGGCAGCUUUGAAAUAGGUAACUUAUUGGUGAUCGCGUUUGUCAGCUACUUUGGGGCAAAACUUCACAGACCUAAGAUUAUAGCAGUGGGCUGUCUCCUGAUGUCUUUCGGAACUUUCCUAAUUGCGUUGCCUCAUUUCAUUAUAGGACGCUAUAAGUUUGAAACCUCUGUUAGAUCGGCAGUGAAUUCAACCAAUAACCUCUCUCCAUGUCCAGCAAGCACAAAUGGUACUUUGAUGACAGGUGAUGGUCCCUCUGCUUUGCUCAGCUCAGGCUGUGAGAGAGAGUCCAGACUAUCCAUGUGGAUUUAUGUUUUACUGGGAAACAUCUUACGUGGAAUAGGAGAGACUCCAGUGCAGCCACUGGGAAUUUCAUACAUAGAUGACCACGCCUUGGAGGAAAAUGCAGCUUUCUACAUUGGCUGUGUUCAGACAAUAUCAGUUAUUGGCCCAGUGUUCGGCUACCUGCUGGGAUCUCUCUGUGCCAAGAUCUAUGUGGAUAUUGGAUUUGUCAACAUGGAAAGCAUCAGCAUAACCCCAGGUGAUUCCCGCUGGGUAGGAGCAUGGUGGCUUGGCUACCUUAUUGCUGGGCUCAUCACCCUUCUCUCUGCUGUGCCCUUCUGGUUCUUGCCCAAAUCUUUGCCAGUACCAGAGCGACAGCUGGCCAAGUGCGCACCCGAGCGCACCAGUUUCAUCAAAGACUCACCAAUCCUAGAAAACAAAUACCAAGCUGAUGAGCCAGCAAGCUUCCUGGAAAUGGCCAAAGACUUUGUGCCAACACUGAAAUCGCUGCUAGGAAAUCCUGUCUACUUCUUAUAUCUCUGUGUGACCAUGAUCCAGUUCAACUCCCUGAUUGGCAUGGUGACAUACAAGCCUAAAUACAUAGAGCAACACUAUGGACAGUCGGCCUUUAAAGCCAACUUCUUUAUGGGCGUCAUCAACAUCCCUGCUGUUGCCCUGGGGAUGUUCUCUGGUGGUGUGGUCAUGAAGAAAUUUAAGCUGAGCAUCAUGGGAGCUGCCAAGUUUGCUCUGGGAACCUCACUGCUGGGCUACUUCCUGUCCCUGCUCUUCUUUACCAUGGGCUGUGAAAACACUAAGGUGGCAGGUAUCACUGUCACCUACCAAGGGGUAGAGAGCCUGUCCUAUCAGGAGAGUUCGCUCUAUGUUGCCUGUAAUGGUGAAUGUGCGUGCUCCGGGAAGGACUGGGAUCCGGUGUGCGGGGAGAAUGGCCUCACGUAUGUUUCUCCGUGCCUGGCAGGGUGCCGGACGUCCAGCGGAUCGGGAAUGGACACAGUGUUUGGCCAGUGUAGCUGUGUAGGUGUGGGGAACCAAACUGCCAGAGUGGGUCAGUGUGCACGUAGGGAGGGCUGUGACCGUAUUUUUCCUUACUUCCUGGCCUUGUCUGUCAUUACCUCCUUCGUCAUCUCGCUGGGCGGCACGCCGGGAUACAUGCUUCUCAUCAGAUGCAUCAGACCACAGCUUAAAUCCUUAGCUUUGGGAUUCCACACCUUAGCCACACGUACUCUUGCUGGCAUCCCAGCCCCUAUCUACUUUGGAGCUAUCAUUGACACAACCUGCCUGAAGUGGGGGCAUAAGAAAUGUGGAGGAAGAGGAGCAUGUAGAAUCUACAACACAACAGCUUAUAGGAUAGCGUACUUAGGUCUGACGCUGGGCCUACGUACUGUGUCUUUUUUCCUGUGUGCACUGGGUUUGGUGAUGCUCCAGCGACACCUUCACAGACAGGAGCACGGUGCCGUUGCAAACGGAGGCUCCAGUGCAGCUGAACUCCAGGCCCUGCACAGAGACGAGACCAACACCUCCAACUCUGACCAAUUCCCAAAUACCUCAGACUGCGACCCGGAGCGCGAGACGCGCCUGUGA